AUGGACAGUCAGGAGGUGGGACUUCUCCUGCAGCAGUGUCUGGAAGAGGCUCAAAAACAGACUGAGACCCCUGGAAAGCCCACAGAGGAGCAGACACAGACCUCCCGCAGCUGCAGAGCUGCUGUGUGUCCGGAGCUGUCCUCGCUGCUGCAGGAGGCCCAGGACAUGCUCUGGCCCUUCGUCCCAGAGCGAUGGCAGUACAAGGAGGCAGUGGAGGAGGACGACAAGAGCAACCUGAGCUCCCUCAUCCAGCAGCACCUGCAGCCUCUGCUGGCUCUGCUGAAAGCUUCCAUCGUCUGUUCGGAGCCCGCCUGUGCUCUGGCCGUGAUCCUCUUGGUGGAUCGCUUCCUCUACUGGACCGACGAGUCCAGACGGCUGCUCAGGAUCACCAAACUGCUGCACCGGCUGCACCCGGAGGUCCCAGUGGCUCCACAGCUGCUGAUCCGACAAGCGAGAGUCCACCUUAACUCUGGGAAACUGCAGAAGGCUGAAUACAUACUCAGCAGCCUCAUCAACAAUAAUGGCAGUACAGGCUGCUGGGAAUAUCAGAGUGAGAGUGAGCGAGCGCUGGUGCAGGCCGUCAGUCUGCAAGUCAGAGGGAUGGUCCUGCAGAAACUGGGCCUUUGGUUGGAAGCUGCAGAAUUGAUAUGGGCUUCUCUGGUUGGAUACUAUGCACUCCCUAAACCUGAUAAAAAGGGCAUAGGAACCUCCCUGGGUUUACUCGCCAACAUCCUUGUGUCCAUGAAUGACGAGGACUUUGGUGCUUUUAAGACCAAUCCUGACGUUGACCUGUCUUUACUCGGAGAAAGUAGCCAUCGUCUCUUGUCCGCAGCCCGAGCAGCAAAGAUGGCCGUGGUCUACAGCCAGUACACGCCUCUCUACGUGCUGACCAAUGCGGUGUCUCAAGGCACAUCUCUUCUCUCCUACAGCUUCUCCAUCCCCUGCCCCUCCUCCCUGCGACGCUCCUACCUCCUCCAGGCUCGCGAGGCUUUCGAGAUCGGCCUUCUCACAAAAUCGUCAUCCGAAACUGUCACAAGCGUCCAAGAGCUCCACACCUUCAGGAACAUGGAGGAAGCCCCUGUCGAUUUUAGCCUGGAAAAGUUUGCAAAAAUGAUUCUCAAGUUCAAGAAGUUCCACGCGACGUCGUGCGAAAUGGAACGCUCCUGCAAGAGCGGGAAAGGCGAACAAGCCAAGUUUUGUAUAACGGCUUUAGGGACUACGGUUGGAACUUUGGUGUGUCACCGAUGUCUGCUGAAGAGACUCCACAUCGAGACCAAGUUCCAGCUGAAGCAGCGCAGAGUGGCGUACAGCGGUCUGCUUCUGAAGUUCUCUAAGAGCACAGGGCUAUGGACGGGCCGUGAGACCUGUGUCUACAUCGGAGACGACAUGGGUCUGAAGGGGAAGCAGAGGGAGGCGCUGUGGCUGCAGUUCUUACACCAGGAGGAGAGACUGAGCAGCUACGUGGGCAAAGAGUAUCUGUCGCCGCGGCACCUGGAGGUACCCCUGCAGGACGUGGAGCGACAGAUGACGGCUCAGUUCUACGUCACGCACUUCAACAAGAGUCUGUACGAGCGCGAUCAGAUGGCACAGAUCUUCUACAUCCCCUCUGACGCCCUGCUGAUGCUGGAGGAGGACCGGAUCGUGGGCUGUGUGAGCGUGGAGCCCUUCAUGUUGGGAGACUUUGUGAAACUCACCAACAACAACCGGGAAAACAGAGGGGAGACUCCAGGCCACGGAGUACGGCCUGGCCUUCGGGCACUUCACCUAUCUGCUCUCCGCGGGACAGGAGGUGGUGGUGGACCUGCAGGUUGGGUGACAGCCAACGGCAAAGGACUGACCUACCUCACCGAUCCGCAAAAUCCACUCCACCAAGACCCCCAAGGGCCCCUCCAACCCGUUCGGAGAGAGGGGCCUGAGAGGACCAGCAUUGAGGCACUGCUGCGAAAAGAUCAAGACAUAGCUACUCCAGAACCCACAGAGGAGCGAGCAAGGAAGAGGAGCCUCCUGCGGUUUCAUUCAGACUCUGAAUCAGAGGAUGAGGAUGAAGAGGGGCCCAACGGGGCUCUGACCCGCUACAGGGCAGAGCCCACCAUCAUUGAGACGGGUUGCCCACUGCAGUGGUGGUCCACUCAUGAGGGAGCCCAUCCACAGCUUUCUGCCCUGGCCCGCAACUACGACACGCCGCACCUGCAGACAUGUGACGGUGAGAUCACUCCAGGGGCAAAGGAGAACCGUCCAAUCCUGUAA